AGUCGAGGUUCAAGAGUACAGUAAUAUAGGAUCAAGGCUAGCUAGGGUACGGUACGUGCAUGUAAGCAAUGAAGGGAGGCUGUGUACAUAUACUGAAGUCUCUGGCUGUCAUUUUCUUCAGUCUGGACAUCCAGUUAGAAGGUGUGUUAGGAGAUCAGGCAGAAAUUGAUAAUAAUUUACAGCUAGGGAAAAAGCACUUGCAAGCAGGGCAGCUCUCAGAGGCACUCUUUCAUUAUUCCGCAGCAGUAGAUGCCGAUCCAUCCAACUAUCUCACCUACUUCAAACGAGCAGCUGUCUAUUUGGCCAUUGGACAAGCCAAGAAGGCCAUUCCUGACCUGGAUAAAGCAGUGGAGCUGAAUAAAGGCUUUCACCAGGCACGUCUACAGCGAGCCAGCACCCACUUGCGACUGGGGGACUUAGACAGAGCCGAGGAAGACUACAGACUACUGGCUGCAUCUGCUUCCGGUAGUGUGCAGGAGGAUGCCGGAGUUCAGGUUGAGUUGAUUCCUACCAUCAGAAGUUACGUCCAGACUGCCCAGUUGCUGAUUGAGAAGAAAGAUUAUAGUCAUGCCGUAAACAUGCUGGAUGAAGCUGUUGAGACAUGUCCAUGGGAUAGCCACCUGCGAGAGAUGAGAUCAAAAUGCAACGAAAACAUAGGACAAUUUCUAUCUGCCAUCAGCGAUAUGAAAAUGCUGACCAAGCUGGUUCACGACAACACCGACACGUUUUAUCGAAUCAGCAUGCUCUACUUUGUGAUGGGAGAGGAGGAGGACUCACUCAGGGAGAUCAGAGAGUGCCUGAGGCUAGAUCCUGAUCACAAAGAGUGCUUCCCCCACUAUAAGAAAGUGAAGAAGCUGGACAAGAAACUAAAGUCUGCACAGGAGCUUCUGGACAAUGGAAGAUAUCAUGAGGCUGCAGAGAAGUACCACUCUAUUCUAAGCUCAUUUGAGGAUACUCAGAAAAUUCAUGCUUACUUGCUAAGAAUCAGAUCCAAACUCUGUCACUGCUACUCAAAGAUUGGCAACCUGGAAGUGGGCAAGGAGUGGUGUGGACUGGCACUGGAACUGGAGUCUGACAAUGUGGACGCCCUUUGUGACAGGGCAGAGCUCUUCAUCAACAACCAAAUGUACGAGGAGGCCAUCAAAGAUUACCAGACAGCCAAUGGUGUCGAGAAUCACCCUCAAAAGGUGGACGAUGGAUUAAACAGAGCUCAAAAGUUGCUGAAACAAUCUCAAAAGAGAGACUAUUAUAAGAUUCUUGGAGUGAGUAGAACGGCAACAAAGGGUGAGAUAAUGAAGGCAUACCGACGUCUGGCGAGGGAUUGGCACCCUGACAGCUAUGAAGGUGACGAUGAGGAGAUGGCAGAGAAGAUGUUCCUCGACCUAGCAGCUGCCAAGGAAGUCCUCUCUGACCCUGAGAUGAGACAACAAUUUGACAAUGGAGAGGACCCCUUGGACCACCAGACACCGAACCAUCAACAUAACCCAUUUGGCGGGUUUGGAGGAGGUGGACCGUUCACUUUCAAAUUCAAAUACAACUGAACACAUGUCUACAUGUAGUUAGGGCAUUUUUUCUUAGUCACUGUUAUAAUAAAAUAAUAUAUCAUGAUUCUCAAAUAA